GAAAUUUUGUAUAGCGCCGAGUGUUACUUGCGUGUAUUACUUUUGUGUCAAUGUUUUUAAAUUUUCUAUCCAGUUUCAAGAGCGUGAGCGACAAACAAGUGAUGGAAGACGUUUUUUACUAAUCAGUUCCUUUCGGAUUUUGUUAAGUUGCUAUUGUUUUACUGACACAUCGUGUCACUUUUUGUUAUUUUAAAUAUAGAGAAAUAUGGGUGAGUCACGUACUGUGCAAAGUGCUCAGAAAUUAGGAGACGUGGGACUCAGAUCAUUGUGGUGCUCUGUGUUUAAUUUAGACACUUUUCCUGUUAUUGAAGAACAUGAACUGCAGGAAGUCACAUUGCUUGUUAAUACACUACUUAUGUUAUUCAAAAAGCUACAUUCCAAGUUGAAAGAAGCAGAAGAUCAAUAUGGGAGCAUCAAGACAGAAUUACAAGCAUCAGUGGUAGAAGUAAAUCAGCUGAAGAGAGAACUAAAGAGGGCCAACGAAUCCUCAUGUCAGAACUGUUUAAUUUUGGAAAAAGAAGUUGAUAAGUAUGUCAAGAAACUGAAAGACCACGAAUCUCGCAUUAAUUCUAUAGCAAAUAUUUUAAACCUUCAGAAUGGACAAGACAGUGAGCCAGAUGAGAAGAAGUCUACAGCAAGAGCAUAUGAUCUGGUGUCUCAGAUGCUUCUCGGAACCACCAAGCCUCCAGUUCAAGCAAAAAGACGAUGUAGGGAGGAAAGGAAUCUUGACACAUCAAAGAGAAAAAAGAUAAGAUCAACAAACAAACAUUUAGAGCACAGGGAGUGCAUUUCAGACUCUGAAGAAUCCACACCACAGCAUGACUCAGAUAUGUUGCAGAAAGAUGACCUUGCUCAUGCUUCAAAAAAUAUUGUUAUUCCAGAAACUCUGUGGUCAUUUCCACAGGCAACUGAAUGCCCGGUGCAACUUGCAGAUAACAGAUUGGACAAAGAGGUUCAGAAGAAAUGUUCUGGUGAAAAUUCAGGUAAAACAAGUCCUGUAAUUAGCAGCAACACACCAAUAAAACCAUCAUUAAAGCAUGUCAAGAAUUUAUCAGAAGUUCAGGUUUCCAGUAACAGUCCUGGUAAAGUUCUAUCAGUUACUACCUCUAAUGCAGAAAGUAAUACUGUUGCAGCUCUUAAGAGCACAACUGAUGAUGAAAACCAGGAUUUAGGGAAAUCCACGUCGCGGGCAGACUUGACAAACAAAAUUGGUAAAAAGCCAGAUUUUUGGAAUUUGAAGCCCAACUACAGUGUUGAGCUUAAACCUGGAGAUAAGCAAAGUCGUAGACUGAAACAGACUCAGCUCUCAGUAGGAUCCUUUGCAAAAAGGAUAGAUGUUGGAUCACUUGAAGAAUUUAAUGAAGGAAUCCGAAAAACUUCAACACAAUACUCAGCAAAAAUUUGCACUGAUUUGGAGGAUGAGCUACUGCAAAAAGCCAUUCAGGAAUCACUCAAGUAUUCAGAGGAUAGGCUUUGCAUCUCAGAGGAUGAUGAUAUUGUUGCUGAAAGCCCAAAUGCUUCACAGAAGAAAAAAGCAAACCCCCAGCAAGAUAACAUAAACAGGGUGUGUGACACAGAUAUGACAAUAUUUCAUCCUCCCAAUAUGGAAAAGCGUUCAUCAGUAUCAAAAGCUAAUUGCAGUGAAAACAAAGCAAAAAAUGAAAGGCCAACAGCAAAUUUAGAUGCGGAUAAAAAAGGAAAUACCAGCUUUGACAGAAUACCUACAAAAACAAGUACAAGCCCAGAUUACAAAUAUAGACGUGGAGCUGUAAGGAAAAAGGACCAGAGGCAGGCACUAGAGGGCUGGGAAUGUGAUAUAUGUAAGAAGUACUAUGAAACAGGGAAAGAUGACACUGCAGCUGCACAAAAACAACACAUGAAUCAUUGCUCAAGGCACAGAGAUAAAUAUCCUGUAAGAGCUAAAACACCACCAGGUUUCUGGGAUCCAGACUUUCCUACAACACAGCAGUGCCGCAGUAAAAUGCUUGAUGUAACUCAAGCAAGCAAUAUUAGUAAAACCAAAGGGAAAAAGUGCACCAAAUGAAGAAUUCAUUAAUUAGUAAAAAAAAAAAAUUAUGUACAUGCAGCUGUAUAUUUUUAGGACUUUUUUUCCAAAGUAAAAAUAUUUUAUUUCCACAAUUUCUUAAUUGACAUGUUCUUCUCAGAGUCCUUCUGCAUGACUUUGGCCACAGCCAUUUCGAAAUCUUCUUGUGUCACAUGUACUCUUCGU